AUGCUAGUGCGAAAUGUGCGAAGUUCCUGGAGUCGCGGACAUCCAGCGCCUGGUGAAAUCGCUGGACCACGGGAAGAUGACUUGGAGCGCCUUAUCGGAAAUGAAAAGAUGGCGUUGGAGUUUGAAAUUGAGUCCGACACACGCAGAGGGCAGCUAGAUCAGCUGAACAAACAGCCGAAUAUGGCGACUUCUUGGCGCAUGGCUGAAGAGAUGGUUAAAAAGAUGAGCACGUUGUACAAGCAGGAAAAGAUCUUUCCAAACUUGCUCAUUGAACGCCAAAUGGCUUUGGACUUGGUGCAACAGUAG